AAUCAAAACCCCAAUUCCCUCCAUAAAUCUCACACCAUCCUUUGCCCUAAUUUUCCAGAUAUACAACAUACAUCUAUAUAUCUAUACAUACAGAAACAGCGAGAUAAAAAAAAAAAAAUUCGACCUGUCAUUCGUAGAAGCUAACUUAUGGCAGGUGGUGGACAAAUAUCAGAUGGAGAAGAUAAGGUAUCAUUAGAGCUAACUGAAGAAAUUAUUCAGAGUAUGGAAGUCGGCAUGGCGUUCCGUGAUUAUAGUGGUAGGAUAAGUUCAAUGGAUUUUCAUAAGACGUCAAAUUUUUUGGUGACUGCUAGUGAUGAUGAGUCCAUUCGACUCUAUGAUGUGGCUAAUGCAACAUGUUUGAAGACAAUUAAUAGCAAAAAGUAUGGGGUUGACCUGGUUUCCUUCACAUCGCACCCUACUACUGUCAUAUACUCCUCUAAGAAUGGAUGGGAUGAAUCUCUUCGGCUUCUCUCGUUGCUUGACAACAAGUACUUGCGCUACUUUAGAGGUCAUCAUGACAGGGUUGUCUCUCUUAGUUUAUGUGCCGGGACAGAUUGUUUUAUAUCUGGCUCCCUCGAUAGAACUGUUCUGCUAUGGGAUCAAAGAGCCGACAAAUGUCAGGGUCUUUUACGUGUUAAAGGAAGACCAGCUACAGCUUACGACGAUCAGGGGCUUGUAUUUGCAGUUGCUUUCGGAGGAUCCAUAAGAAUGUUUGAUUCUCGCAAUUAUGAAAAGGGUCCCUUUGAAAUAUAUUCUGUUGGUGGAGAUUUGUCGGAUGCAAACGUUGUUAAAUUCAGUAAUGAUGGUAGACUCAUGCUUUUGACAACUAUGGACGGCCGUAUUCAUGUACUUGAUUCCUUUCGCGGCACACUCCUGUGCACCUAUAAUGUGAAACCAGUUUCAAGUCAUUCCACUUUGGAGGCCUCUUUUAGUCCUGAAGGAUCGUAUGUAAUAUCAGGGUCAGGCGAUGGCAGCGUGUAUGCUUGGAGCAUUCGGAGCGGCAAAGAAGUGGCUAGUUGGCUAAGCACUAUAAACGAACCCCCUGUUAUAAAAUGGGCCCCAGGCAGUUUAAUGUUUGUUACCGGCUCUUCCGAACUAUCAUUUUGGAUCCCAGAUUUAUCAAAAUUGGCAGCAUAUGUUGGAAGAAAGUAACUUUGUACACAAGAAGCUAAUUUAAAGAGUAUUUGGAUGGCUGCUGUUUCUCCAAUGAUAUUGUAUUUUUGUAUGAUCUACGUGUUGCUUGCUCUCAGAUAAUAUGGACUUGUUCUAGUCGGCUGUCUUCAGCAUGCAAAUCCCAUCACAGGUACUGCAGUAUGUACAGCUUGAAAAUCUAGCCAUUAUUACUUUUUUGCUGUACAAAAGUGUAAUAUAAAUUAACCCGAUCUCAGUUUUACAUAUUCUUGACUGUAGUAGUAACAAUCUUGAAUUUUGCUUUUACGAGUAGAUAACAUGGCUCAUUUGUUAUAAUCUCACUGCUAUUUAACAUAUUAUGUACAA